CACCCCUUUAUGCAUGAAGUUGGGCACGCCCCCAGCAUGGAAACAGCUUCUCGUCGACUCGGCACAUUGACCUGUCACAAUGCAGGAGACAACUAGGGAAAUAUCACUGGGAUGGAGUAUGUUCAUUUGGCUACAGAAAGAAAGAAAAGUUAUCAUCAUUUCAUAACUGUUUAAUUUCCAAAGACCGGAAAGGGAUUCAUACUCGACGUGUUUACGUUUAGAUUUUAUUUUGGGAUCUAGGAUGGCAAUUCCAUGGAGAAGCCGGUAACCUGUAUUAUGUGAGUUGUUUCCUAUUGAUGGCAUACUGAGACCAAAGCUACCUCCAUAAUCACAUAAAGGGAUCAAACCCGACUGAAAUCCUUUAUACCUUGAAUGUCACCAAUUACGCAUCGGUGUUCGGUUUGAAGCGACAUGGAUCAUUUCGCCGCUGAGUGCCUUGUGUCUAUGUCCAGUCGGGCUGUCGUUCACCCUAAAGAGAACAGAGAGUUCAAAACAGAACCAGCCUGCUGUCCAAGGAACGACGGAGAAGACGUGGUCAAAGACAACUCCUCUCUUUUCGUGGUGGCGAGGAUUCUAGCGGAUUUUAACCAGCAGGCACCCACGACCACUAGCGCUAUUGCCGAGCAGGCAAAAAUAGCAGAAGGGUGCGUAUCGCCAGCUCCAGUCACAGAGGAUGGGAAUACUGCCACACCUAUCCUCGUCAGCCCCGCCGCCGACCUCACACAAAGAGGCAGUAAACGUGUCAGAGGUCGAUCCGAACCGGAAUCGCCUCAGAAAAAGCACAAAUGUCAUUAUUCAGGUUGUGAAAAAGUUUACGGGAAGUCGUCCCACCUCAAAGCGCACCUAAGGACACACACAGGUCAGUUCCCGUUAAAACUAUUUACAUUCAAAUACAUUAUUUAUAGUGACAUUAAACUCCCCAUUAUUUAUUUUUGUACAGUUUCACUAGUAGCCUAGUAUUGUGAAGAACUGGGUGUGAAUAGGGACGAAUAGUGACCCUAAAUUGGAUGUGAGCCAACGCAUUGAUGCAAUGCACAACGUGUCACACAUACGGUCGCUCACGGUUAACUAUUCUAUGGACCCGUUUUGCACAUAU